UCGGUACGCGAUACGAUUGGGUGCCCCACACCGGUAAAACUCCUCCAUAAACCUGCAAAAAAAAUCCCUCCUCACGAGUCGUAAAACCAACAAGACCCCAUCAAAAAAAUCACCGAGACUCGUUAACUUUCCCACGGCCCCUCCCCUCUGCCGCCGUCGAAUCUCACCGCCGAAAGCAAAUUUUCGCAAUUUGUUUUUGAACCGCAUCCAAAAAAAAAAAAUCUCUGAUAUACCGCGUCUCGUUACAACUUUGUGCAAUCCCAUCCAUUAAAAUAGUGUCCGACAUGUGCAGUAUCUGAGUGUCUAAAAAGUGUCUAAAAAUACUCCCCGAACCCGCAGUAAAAAAUGACACCCCCCUGAUCAGGCCCCAGACCGGUGACCCCCUAAACCCCCCUGAAAUGCGAAGACCCAAGUGAACCCCCGUCCGCUAUAAUGUAACCACCUGCCUCCCCCUGCCCCUAAAAUCGAAAUGAAUAGCGUUCUCCAAAUUGCGCUUGUGAUACUGCUGACGAUAGCCGGAUCGUUGUUGCUGACAGAGGCAAGGUAUCACGGUGAGGAAAGUACAGCGACUAAACACCGGCACCGGCAUCACCGCCAGGAAUUCCCUCAUCCCCGUCCAACAAUGCAAAAGCACUUGACGACCCCCGAACCGGAGGACAACGACGAUGCCUUCCAGACGUACGAGGACGCCGAGAAGAAGCGACAGCAUCCAACGAAGCGAUUGCCGGAGGAAGAUGAUGAUGAUGACGACGAGGAUGACGAUGAAUACGACUACGAGAGCUUAGAUUCCGCGGAGAAGACCCCCCCGAUUCAUCACCGAAGGUACCAAACCGAUGAGUUCACCACAGACCGUAGGAAUCACCGACUUGUUGCCCCUCGGGGUCAUAGGACACGCCCGGAUACAAGAUUAUACCACACGAGUGAUUAUCCCUCGAGGACUCGUGAUCACGUAUCUCCAGCAGUGCCCAACGAUACGAAGGACGAUUAUGAGGAUUACGAGUACGUUAAACCAUUAUCCCGUGGGCAUUAUCGCCACCAUACUCAUCAUCCCCACCACCAUCAGCGUCACUAUCCCCGUAACAAUGAGGUUUACAUCCCGAGGUGGAGAAAUUCUUGGAUUGAUGACGGCAAAGUUGACUUGGAUAACGCAAAACAGUGGUCUAGGAGGAAGUACAGGCACAGGGAGAGGGAUGAUGACAUGCUUGGCGAUGAUGCUGAUGACAGGACCAAAAAGAGUAGUAUCUUUGGGAGGGACGAGAGAAAGUCGAGGAGCAAUGAUCUGCGGAGGGAGAGCUCCGGGAAGCAGGAAGAGAACGAGGAUAUCUGGAAGGAAUUGGGGGACUACGACGAUGUUGAUGUCGAGGAUGAGGAGUUUGACGGGAUUAAUGACGAUUACUUUGAGGAUAUCAGUGAGGAGAGGGAGAAGCCGCCGUACAGGACUUAUGACGAGAUCAUUAAGAGGCUCACUGCUGGGGAGGACAAUGAUGACAGUGAAAUUGGGGUUAAAAGGGAUUACAGAAACACUGGGAAGGGGAUUGAGAAGUUUUUGAUGAAGGAUGCUUUUGGGAAUUUGAAGUUCAAUGGGACCAAGAUCUCGAAGAAUCUGAGGGCGGUGAAGAGGAAUCACGGGGGAGUGAGGAGUCUUGAUUCUGAUUACCUUGAUGACUAUGGGAAUAAUGAGAAGGGGGAGAGGAGGAAUGAGGGGGAGGCAGAUGCGGCGGGGAAGGAGGCCGGUAGACACGUGUAUCCGUCGAAUCUGACAGAGCCAGAGGACGAAACUUCGGCCCCACCGUCAGCAACAACGCCCAAGCCACCAGUGAAAAUAACUUCAAGGCCCAUCAUUACCAUUACCACCCAGAAAACUUACGAUCGCCGUAACAAUACUGCUAUCUCGCAACAGCAUGCCACUAAUGGAUUACAAUCGAUGCAAAGUGAUCAGAAGUUCCAGACAAAGAAAUCCACCGUUCCAACGCGUCAGUACAAACAGAAAGCUGGCGUGGGAGAGGUCAUGCAGCACAUACAGAAAGUGCGACAGGAAGGCAACUGUCAACAGCCGAGAGCGCGAGUCAUACCUGUGCGUGACGUUUACCCAUAUACAACAACAAGAUACAUUCCACACUGCGCAAUACUCCACAGAUGCUCAGAUGACACUGGAUGCUGUGAAUCAGAAGCACUGACCUGUGUACCCAAGCAAACGCAGCUGGUCGAAUUAUACUUUUACGCAACCAGUGUUGGCGCUCAAACUGUCGUUAAGAAGCUGUCGUUCUAUAAUCACACGAAAUGUGAGUGCAGGGAAAAAACGGAGUAUACGGGGGGAACUGAAGGACGAUUUAGGCAUGAAUAUCAGCUCACUUCGCCACCGCAGAACAUCAGGAUUCCCCCGCAGAAGAAAUCGUGUCGAUGCCCGUCAGAAUUCACCCCCAGAAUCACUGCUGAUGGUGAAUGUCAGUGCAAAUGCUUUGAGAGGGACGAGAAUUGCAUACACGCGAGGAGGGGAAAAGCGUACUUCUCAGCGACGGAUAGACUUUGCAUAUGGCAGCAACAGUGCGCGAUGCCCACAUGCGAGUUUGGAGAGUACAUAGUGCACCAGGGCAAGUGCCCAAAGAAGAAGGACAAAAUUGAAUCAAUAGCGAAUUAUCCAUCCAACAAUUAUCACAACAGACAACGCAGCUGAAUUCAAUAGAUCAUUAUCACUUCCUAAUUGUAAAAAAAUGUCAUCAAGUGCCUCCAGAAAAAUUACGUAGACAAUGUCUAGUUAUUGAAUUCAUUCCUCAGAGGAUAUAUCUUUCAUAAAUAAUUAUUUUAUUAUUAUUCAUUGAUUUUCUUUUUCUCUGCAUUCUCUGCGUACUUUUGUAUUAAUGUGUCAAAUACGCUUUCAACUGUAUUUAAUCGAUAAAAAUAAUAAUGUUACUCUCAUUAUCAUUAAUUUAAUAUUUCUCUCCGGAAACAAAAUCAAUCAAUAUGUAAAUGUCACAACUAAUGAUUUUUUAUUUUCAUUGGAAUUUGUAAUUUUCAAUUGAUUGACAGUAAAUUAUAUUGAAAUCAUAGAUGUUUUAUCAGCGUGCCAUAACGUAUAGAGAGGGGCUGCAUGUACAUGUGUAUUGAUUCAUUAGUUUGAAUAUAUUAAAUUAAAUGGAAAGAAAAAAAUUAA